AUGGGGGUGCCAGAGGAGGGAAAAGACGCCGCUGAUGUCACAGAGGAGUUCGACAUGAUUGCAGAUGCAAUCUGGACCAUGCAGCAAGGACGACAGCUGGUGUGGUGGGCGCCCAGGAGGGCACAGGGAAGAGGAGGGAGGUGCCGUAGGAUUGCCAAGAAGAUCCAGUGUCUCAAAGUCCAUGUUAUAGGGGCCAGCAAUCGGCGUCAGAGGUACAAGGUUGAAGAUGCUUUCCCCAGACCGAGUAGGAUAAGCGUAGACCCUCGCUUGCCAGCAUUUUACACUGACACAACAUGGCUUGUUGGCAUUGAUGGCCCAUGGGACAAACUUAUCAAGAUGCUAACAGAAGGACAUGGCACGGUGGCACAGCUGAAUGUGGUUUCCAUUGUAGGAUUUGGAGGGCUUUGGAAGACUACUCUUGCUAAUGAAGUAUACCAGAAGCUUGAAGGGCAAUUCGACUAUAGAGCUUUUGUGUCAGUGUCACAAAAACCUGACAUGAAGAAGCUAUUGAGGAAUAUACUAUGCCAGUACAGUUGCCGAGAGUUUGGCAGCAACGAAGCAUGGGAUGAGCAGCAACUAAUCAACACGUUAAAACACUUUCUCAAGGAUAAGAGGUAUGUUAUUGUAAUCGAUGAUAUAUGGAGCAUAUCAGCAUGGAGAACUAUCAGAUGUGCAUUUCCUGAUAACAGUUGUUCUAGUAGCAUAUUGACAACUACUCGCAUCAUCGCAGUUGCCAAAUAUUGUUGCUCUCCUCACCAUGACCAUGUGUAUGAACUAAAGCCGCUCGGAGCAACUCAAUCUAAGAGUUUAUUCUUUAAAAGAAUUUUUGGCUCUGAAGAUAUGUGCCCUCUUCAUCUGAAAGAAGUUUCAAAUAAAAUUUUGAAAAAAUGCAGUGGCUUGCCAUUAGCAAUCAUUACAAUAGCUAGUUUAUUGGCUACUAAAGCUAGAACGAAAGAAGAAUGGGAGAAGAUAUGGAAGUCUAUUGGUUCAGUACUUGAAAAAGAUACAGACAUGGAAGAGAUGAAAAAGAUAUUAGCGCUUAGUUACAAUGAUCUCCCCUACCAUUUGAAGACAUGCUUGUUAUAUAUAAGUUUGUUUCCUGAAGAUUAUGAGAUCAAGAGGGACCAAUUAGUAAGAAGAUGGAUUGCUCAAGGUUUUAUCACUAUAGAAGGCGGACAUGACAUGGAAGAAAUAGGAGAAUGCUAUUUCAAUGAUCUAAUCAAUAUGAGCAUCACUACUAGAGAACUCAUGAUUCAGCCAGUUGGAAUUCAGUACGAUGGUCGAGCUGAUGCUUGUCGUGUCCAUGGUAUGAUUCUUGACCUCAUCAUAUCCAAAUCAGUUGAGGAAAACUUUGUAACCGAAUGUGGUGACCAAAAUCACAAGUUGAUGCCACAAGUUAAGGUUCGUCGGCUAUCCCUCAACUAUUAUGCCCGAGAUCAUAUUAUCGUGCCAACAAAUAUGAUCGUUUCUAAUGUCCGAUCUCUCACUAUCUUUGGACAUUUUGAGAAUAUGCCUUGCAUUUCCAACUCUUCAAGAGUCUUUUACGCCUUUUCUGUCAUCGACGGCGUGCUGGGCCGCCGCUCCCCGGCCGCCGGCGGGGACCCGUGGCUGAGGCACAGCCCGAGGUACCUGCGACACAAUUCAAGAAGAAUUAUUGCACUUCCUGAACAUAUAGGAGAACUAAAAAAUUUGCAGACCUUAGAUUUGAGAUGGACAAGGAUUCAAAGAUUGCCAGAAAGAAUUGUUCUCCUACAACGUAUCUUCUUUGCUGGAACUGAGCAGUUUAACUAA